CAUGGCCGUGUUUACUACAGGCUUCCCAACUGUUUCUUACCGCUGCUGUCCGAUACUGUUGCAGAGUCGCGAUCGAAAUUCCAAAUAUGGCCAGCGAGAAGAAAUCGACGAAAGCAUCGUCGAAAGAUGCGAAAUCCAACGAGCAAAUACUUACGGAGUUUCAGACGCUUCGAAACGAACAGAGAAUGAUGGCGAAUAAACUGUCCGAAAUGGAGAUGGAAUUGAACGAACAUAAAAUUGUUAUUGACACGUUAAAGAAUGUGGAUCCCAAAAGAAAAUGUUACAGAAUGAUCGGUGGAGUUCUGUGCGAACGUAUAGUAGAAGAUGUAAUGCCUGCUCUGGUGACAAACAAAGAACAGUUAAUGAAAGUAAUAGAUGCACUGAAUGACCAAUUGACAAAGAAAGGAAUUGAGAUUAAUGAUUACAAGGAAAAGCACAAUAUUAGAAUCAGAGGACAAGAUGAUAUGCAGCGACAAGAGGAGGACAGCAACAAAGAAGCCAAGCGAAACGCGAUUGUUGUGAAUCCAAUUGAAGUUUGAGUGUAAUAAAUACUUGCUUUUUUUGGUAUCAUAAAUUAAGGCAUUUAUGUACUAUAUCAGGAUUGGUAAUUUAUCUAACGAGUUGCAUAUUAUACAUUUCAUAUUGCUCUUGGUAUUUAUUUAUAGAAUUUUGAUGCACAACUCAUGAUAAGUUAACAAAAUUUUGCUGUUAAAUUUUAUGCCGCUAUUUGUCUUAUAAAUAUUUACUAAGAAAAUGACACAUCAUAACAAUUCUGUGAAAGCAAAGAUAGCAUAUACGUAUAGAUAUAGUUCUCUACUGAAAUUUUUUGAUCACUUGUAUCUCUGACGUUACGCGUCGAAGGUAAAAUAAGAACAUUCGUAUGUUUCUUCAGUGUAACAAAGUUUAUAUAUUCAAUUUCCAGCCAUAUCCAAAUUUACACAUUUAAACAUUAAAUAAGUAGACGU